UGUUGUUGUAUGAAUCGAGUGACGGUGGGUCGGAUAUUGUGCAUUUAUUUUGUAAAAAUUAUUUAAAAGUCGUGAAAAUAUUAACUGUUUGGCUUGCACGGCCAAGGGGACGGGUGCAUCGUCGCAUCGUCUAAAUCAUGAGUUAUCAAAUUCCAUCAUCGCAAAGUCGCACAAUGUCGCACAGCAGCUAUGUUGCUUCUGAUGUGCCAAUGGCACCAAACAAAGAGCAGCAGACAUUGAUGUGGCAGCAAAACUCCUAUUUAGUGGACUCUGGAAUCAACUCUGGAGCUGCUACCCAGGUUCCAUCACUAACUGGCAAGGAAGAUGAUGAGAUGGAAGGUGACCAACUUAUGUUUGACCUUGAUCAGGGUUUUGCUCAGGGAUUCACUCAAGAACAAGUCGAUGAUAUGAAUCAACAGCUUUCUCAAACUAGAUCUCAAAGAGUCCGUGCGGCUAUGUUUCCUGAAACGCUGGAGGAAGGAAUUGAAAUUCCAUCGACACAGCUGGAUCCCGCUCAACCAACUGCUGUCCAGCGUUUAGCUGAACCUUCCCAGAUGUUAAAGCAUGCUGUGGUGAACCUCAUCAAUUAUCAAGAUGAUGCUGAUUUGGCUACCAGAGCUAUUCCAGAGUUGAUAAAGCUACUGAAUGAUGAAGAUCAAGUAGUAGUAUCCCAAGCUGCCAUGAUGGUGCAUCAGCUCUCUAAGAAGGAAGCAUCGCGUCACGCCAUUAUGAACUCGCCACAAAUGGUGGCUGCGUUGGUUCGCGCAAUUUCCAACAGCAAUGAUCUAGAAACUACUAAGGGGGCAGUUGGCACCUUACACAAUUUAUCUCACCAUCGUCAAGGUCUGCUUGCCAUCUUCAAGAGUGGUGGAAUUCCAGCAUUAGUGAAACUACUCAGCUCUCCAGUUGAAGCUGUGCUCUUUUAUGCUAUUACAACACUGCAUAACUUAUUGUUGCAUCAAGACGGUUCAAAGAUGGCUGUUCGUCUAGCUGGAGGUCUACAAAAAAUGGUGGCAUUACUACAAAGGAACAAUGUCAAGUUUCUAGCUAUUGUGACUGACUGCCUUCAGAUUUUGGCCUACGGGAAUCAAGAAUCGAAAUUGAUUAUUCUAGCAUCUCAGGGCCCAAUCGAAUUAGUUCGCAUUAUGCGUUCUUACGAUUACGAAAAGUUGCUGUGGACAACUUCGAGAGUUCUUAAGGUAUUGUCGGUAUGCUCAAGCAACAAGCCAGCUAUAGUGGAAGCUGGUGGCAUGCAAGCUCUGGCCAUGCAUCUAGGCAACCCGAGCGGCCGUCUCGUCCAGAACUGCCUUUGGACUCUGAGGAAUCUGUCUGAUGCUGCUACCAAACAGGUGGAAGGCCUGGAGGCAUUGCUGCAAAGCCUCGUGCAAGUUCUAGCUUCGACUGAUGUCAACAUCGUGACCUGUGCUGCUGGAAUUCUCUCCAAUCUGACCUGCAACAACCAACGCAAUAAGAUGACGGUAUGCCAGGUAGGCGGCGUGGACGCGCUGGUCCGCACGGUGGUGUCGGCCGGGGACCGCGAGGAGAUCACGGAGCCCGCCAUCUGUGCGCUGCGACACCUCACCUCCAGGCAUGACGACAGUGAGAUGGCGCAGAAUGCAGUGCGCCUGCAUUAUGGAUUGCCGGUGAUCGUGAAGCUGCUACAGCCUCCUUCUCGCUGGCCUCUAGUGAAGGCCGUCGUGGGCUUGGUACGCAACCUGGCGCUCUGUUCCGCCAACUACGCUCCGUUGCGGGAACAUGGCGCCGUUCAUCAUCUGGUGCGCCUGCUGAUGCGUGCCUACAACGACACCCAGAGACAACGCAGCUCUUCGGGCGGUGGAGCCAAUACUGCUUACGCUGACGGCGUUCGUAUGGAGGAGAUCGUGGAAGGCGCCGUUGGAGCCUUGCAUAUUUUAGCCAAAGAAAGCCACAACAGACAACUGAUCCGACAGCAGAAUGUCAUUCCGAUAUUCGUGCAACUGUUGUUCAAUGAGAUUGAAAAUAUUCAGCGCGUUGCCGCCGGCGUGCUCUGUGAAUUGGCCGUAGAGAAGGAAGGAGCAGAAAUGAUCGAAGCCGAAGGGGCAACCGCUCCGCUCACUGAAUUGCUGCAUUCAAGAAAUGAAGGGGUCGCCACGUACGCUGCAGCCGUUCUGUUCCGCAUGUCCGAAGACAAGCCCCACGAUUACAAGAAGAGACUCUCUAUGGAAUUGACUAAUUCGUUGUUCCGCGACGAUCACCAGAUGUGGUCCAAUGACCUUCCGAUACAAUCCGAUAUACAGGACAUGCUCGGGCCAGAGCAGGGUUACGAGGGCCUGUAUGGGACCAGACCAUCCUUUCACCAACAAGGCUACGAUCAAAUACCGAUAGAUUCGAUGCAGGGGCUUGAGAUCGGUAGCGGUUUUGGUAUGGACAUGGACAUUGGCGAGGCGGAAGGCGCGGGCGCGGCGUCAGCUGAUCUGGCCUUCCCCGAGCCACCCCACGACAACAACAAUGUGGCAGCCUGGUACGACACAGACCUUUAAACAAAUCGAACGUUUCAAAUUUAAUUUUAUUGUAUGUAACUCGAUUCACAAUUGUAAUUCACAUGUAAUUCGUCUUCUAGCAAUAAAACUGUAUAAUCUCAAAACUUACUAAUUUUACAGGAAAGUGUUUUAAAGGCUUAAUAUGUAAAAAAUUUACUAUUAAUCAUAUUUGCAAAUU